UUUCAGGAACUUGUUGUAAGCCAGAAGUAAAAGGACUGUGGUAAGCCAGAAGUAAAAGGACUGUUAUUGGGCAUUGACAUGACUAAAAUUAGUUGGAUUGUAACAAUUUUGGGGAGAAACUAAGCACAGAUCAAGCUUAAGAUCAAGAGAAAUGGCAACCAGAGAUUCAUCAACAUGUGACCUCAAAGUUGUCCUUCUUGGCGGCAGAAACUCUGGGAAGAGCGAAGUGGGCAAUGUGCUGCUGGACAGGGAGGAGUUUGUCAUCAAGGAGCGGACCACGUGCUCUAGGAGGGUGGGAAAGGUGGCAGGUGGGUGGAUUACUGUGGUGGACACACCUGGCUGGUGGUGUGACUUCAAGGUGCAGGACACGCCUCAGCUGGUGAAAAGGGAGAUAGUGCGCAGUGUCUCUCUGUGCACCCCGGGACCCCAUAUUUUCCUUAUCGUCAUUAAGGCACACUCAGUGUUCUGUGAGAAGCGUCGCAGGGCUGUAGAGGAGCACCUGGCCCUCCUCAGUGAGAGAGUGUGGAGUCACUGUAUGGUCGUCUUCACCUGCAGAGACUGGCCUGGACACAUGCACAUGGAGCAGCAAGUCAAGAGAGGAGGCACGGCCCUCCUGUGGCUGGUGGAGAAAUGCAGUCAUAGGUAUCACUGCCUCAACUUGAAGAGUGGACCAGGUGGAAAUCAGAUCACAGAGCUGUUCAGGAAGAUGCAGAGACUGGUGACAGAAGAUAGUGACAGCUAUUUUAAAAUGGAGGGACUGUUUUUACAAGAGGUGGAGGAAAAGAAGAGGAUAGUGGAACAAAGGGCUCAGCAGAGAUUGAUGAAGAUGCAGAAACAGAGAUCUCUGCUCAAUGGGGAGUCAUGUCAUCUCUCCGAAAUCAGAGUCGUGCUGCUUGGAGCUCGGGGCUCAGGGAAGAGUUCAGCAGGAAACACCAUCCUGGGUCAAGGAGGAAGCUUUGAGGUCAGAAGGAGAACAGCGCAAUGCAUGGUGGGAGCAGGGGAUGUUUCUGGGAGACAAGUCACUGUAGUGGACACUCCAGGCUGGUGGAUGAAUUACUUCUCUCAGGAUAGUCCUGUUUUUGACAGACAGGAGAUAGUGUGUAGUGUAUCUCUUUGCUCCCCUGGUCCACAUGCCCUCCUGCUGAUGGUGCGUGUGGACCGGUCCUUCACAGAGACCUACAGGAGAGCUGUGCAGGAGCACCUAGAGCUCAUCACAGACACAGUCUGGGCUCACAUCAUCGUCCUGUUCAACUUUGGGGACUGGCUGGGAGACACAACCAUCGAGCAGCACAUUGAGAGUGAGGGAGAGGCCCUCCAGUGGCUUGUGGAGAAGUGUGGCAACAGGUAUCAUGUCCUCAACAAUAGAAGCAACUCAGGAUUUCAGGUUAUGGAACUGAUGAGAAAGAUUGAGGAACUGAUGUCAUGCAACAGCAGUUGUUACUGUAAGAUUGAGGGUGGCAUUCUGCAGGAGUUGGAGGAGAAGAGGAGGGAAGAACAGAAAAGAGCAGGAGAGAGACUGACGAGGAGGCAGAAACAAAGAGAGACUGCCCGAUCUCUAUUAGGGGAGCUCUACUGUCCCUCAGAGCUGAGAAUAAUGCUGCUGAGUGGCCGCAACACAGGCAGGAGCUCUGCUGGAAACACCAUCCUGGGCAGAGAGCACUUUAAAGUAGGGUGCCAUGCCACUGACUGUGUGGAAGGACAAGGAAAGGUCAGGGGUAAGACUGUAACAGUUUUGGACCCACCAGGCUGGCUGUCAGUGGGUCCUGGCUCCCUGAUGUCUCCCUCAGCCUCUGGGGUAACUGUGGUCCUGGUGGUGGUGAAUGUGAGCUCCUCCUUCAGCCACACUGUCUGGAGAACAGCAGUAAAACACCUGGAGGCGCUCGGAGAGAAAGUAUGGAAUAGAACCAUGGUCCUAUUCACCUUUGGGGACUGGCUGGGGGACACGACCAUCGAGCAGCGCAUCGAGAGUGAGGGAGAGCCCCUCCAGAGGCUUGUCGAGAAGUGUGGCAACAGAUAUCACGUGUUGGACAAUAGGAGCCAGGGGACUGGUGCACAGGUCACUGAGCUGCUACAGAAGAUAGAGGAGAUGCUGGUGGAGGAGAGGUUGGAGGUUCUACAGAGAAGAGAACAGGUUGGGAAGAGUCUCACAGUGAUGCAGAAGCCAGAUAUGGAUGGAGUGAUGGGAGAGGGCAUAGAGGUCCUUGUAGCAAACCACACAGAUGCUCCCUUUCAUGAUGUGUGUGAGGUGGCUAGUUCAGAGGACCUUCUAACCCCAGAUGACUCAGGAGCCCCAGACUUUGGUGGACAGGAGUUGGCACUACCAGAAGCCAGCGGAGGAUGGUGGACUGAAGCAAAUCACUCCAUCCUGGAUGUGGAGGGGUUUCUGUCCUGCAUGGCCAGUGUGCUUCAGGGGAAUCAGAAGGGGCUGAUGUGGAACAUGGGGGGCAGACAGACGCUAGUGGUGAACCUCCCAGACUGUCUCCACACUGGACCUACUCAGAGCCAUCAUCUGAGAUGGAAUGGACAGAAUGGUAGAAAACCGGUCACCCUGUUCUCUCCAGGACACCAAGCUCUCCUCCUGGUCGAGCAACCCAAAGAACCAGAAAGAAUGCUGGUGAAGAAACAGGAAGACAUUGUGGAUACACAGUCCCGUGGACACCCCCAGGCUCCUCAAGGAGAUUGCCAGAACAGGAGGCCUGCAGGCCUUGAUUGACCAAUGGGGGA